GCGUCCGCCAACUACUUCCGGAAUUUGAAGCCGGCUUCCGGAAGCCGGAAUGGUGUCCCCAUGACAACCGACGUUGGUUCUUUGAGGCAGACUCUUCUCUGAAGUACCCCUCGGUUUUUUGGUUAGAGAAGUUCUGCAUUUAGAAGGAUCUGGCAUGGAGAAAGUUUGACUGUGAGGGUCCCCAGAAGGAAUGACAAGGUCCUUGUCUGAGAACAAGGGCAACAGCUCUUGAUUUGGAAGACUUAGACACUUCUCCUCAGUGUUGGGGAGAGAACCAAGACCUCUUUUUAAGGGAAUUGUGGAAUGUGCCCUUGGAGGCCCAAGAAAGCAGAAGAAAGAUGCUUCAGACCAGUAACUACAGCCUGGUGCUGUCCCUGCAGUUCCUGCUGCUGUCCUAUGACCUCUUUGUCAAUUCCUUCUCAGAGCUACUCCGAAUAGCUCCUGUCAUCCAGUUGGUGCUCUUCAUCAUCCAGGAUAUUGCAAUCCUCUUCAACAUCAUCAUCAUUUUCCUCAUGUUCUUCAACACCUUCGUCUUCCAGGCUGGCUUGGUCAACCUCCUAUUCCAUAAGUUCAAAGGGACCAUCAUCCUGACAGCUGUGUACUUUGCGCUCAGCAUCUCCCUUCAUGUCUGGGUCAUGAACUUACGCUGGAAAAAUUCCAACAGCUUUGUUUGGACAGAUGGACUUCAAACGCUGUUUGUAUUCCAGAGACUGGCGGCGGUGCUGUACUGCUACUUCUACAAAUGGACGGCGGUGAGACUGGGCGACCCACGCUUCUACCAGGACUCUCUAUGGCUGCGCAAGGAGUUCAUGCAAGUCCGAAGGUGACUGCUUCUUGUCACACUGGUGGCUGCCUUUCCUUCCUGAUAGAAGCUCUGCAGGAAGGGUCGGCCUCUGCACCAGGAAAUAGCUGGACUUCCCUAGGACAUGCUUGGGCCAGUUGUGUUCUCACAAGUUCCCCAACAGACUCCUGUGCGUAGUGCCUCCUCUCCCCUACCUCAGUUCCGCUCUUUCCUUCCUUCCCUGCCCUGCUCCACUCCUUCUGCACCCCUCCCCUCUGCCGAGGCUGUGGCUCACCCUUUGAACCUACUAGUCCCCACCUUCCUGACACCACGCUCUGGUGACCGAAGGAUGCAGAGUGGUAGCUGGGUGUUCUUGACUGAUCCCCUCUUAGACAUUUAGA